AUGGCCAGCGACGAAGAUAAGCUUCUUCACAUAGUGAUGUUCCCAUGGCUAGCUUUUGGACACAUGAUUCCAAACCUUGAGCUAGCAAAGCUGAUAGCUCAAAAGGGUCACAAAAUCAGCUUCGUAUCCACCCCAAGAAACAUAGAACGCCUUCCCAAACUGCCACCAAACUUGUCUACUCUCAUUAAUUACGUGAACCUUCCAUUACCCAAAGUGGAUAACCUCCCAGAUAACGCAGAGGCCACCACUGAUGUCCCCUACGACGUCGUUAAAUACCUUAAAAAAGCUUAUGAUGCCCUCCAAGAACCCUUGACCCAUUUUCUCGAAACUUCCAAAGCUGAUUGGAUCUUCUACGACUUUGUUCCCUUUUGGGUGGGUUCCGUGGCUUCCAAACUCGGUAUAAGGAGUGUGUUUUACAGCAUUUUUACUGCUCCGUUUAUGAACUUCAUGGGACCUGCUUCAGUUCUCAUGAGUAUUGACCAGCAACGGAUAAAACCGGAAAACUACACCAUGCCUCCGCCGUGGGUCCCUUUUCCGACUACCGUAGCAUUUCGCUACUUUGAGGUAAUGAAAAACACAGACAGUGCCCUCGACAACGAUUCUGGUUUUUCGGACUUGUACCGGAUGGGUGCCAGUAUCAAGAAUUGCGAUUUCGUGGCGAUUCGAGGCUGCACCGAGUUCGAACCUGAGUGGUUUCAGGUGCUGGAGAACAUUUACCAGAAACCAGUUCUCCCAGUUGGUCAACUCCCAAGCACAGGGCUCGACGGUGGUAAUGAAAACAACGCGUGGCAGUGGAUGAAGGAUUGGUUGGACAAUAAGUCACGUGGCACAGUUGUGUACGUGGCGUUUGGAAGCGAAGCGAAACCGAAUCAAGAGGAAGUCACAAAGAUAGCUCUAGGGUUAGAAAAAUCGGAGCUUCCGUUUUUCUGGGUGUUGAGGGUUCGACGCGGGCCCUCCGACACAGUGGUGCUGCAGUUGCCGGAAGGGUUCGAGGAGCGAACCAGAGGGCGCGGAGUGGUGUGCACCACUUGGGCACCGCAGCUUAAGAUAUUGAGCCACGAGAAUGUUGGUGGGUUCUUGACUCACUCUGGUUGGACCUCUGUGGUUGAAGCGGUUCAGAACGAGAAGCCGCUGGUUCUGCUGACGUUUUUAGCAGAUCAAGGAAUAAACGCGAGGGUGUUGGAGGAGAAGAAGAUGGGGUACUCAGUGCCAAGGAACGAGCGAGAUGGAUUGUUCACGAGUGACUCGGUCGCUGACUCAGUGAGGCUUCUUAUGGUUGAGGAAGAGGGAAGGAUCUACAGGGGAAAAAUUAAAGAGAUGAAGGACUUGUUUGUCAAUAGAGAAAAACAAGAAAGGUACAUCGAUAAUUUGUUGGAUUUCCUCGGGGAGAGAAAUAGAACCCCCCAAACUUGA